AUGGCGGACGUGACGUUGGUCCACCCUUACAUUGGUAGCUCUGCCGACCUGACCAAGUGGGGGGAGGUCAACCUCGACGCCCUCCAUGUUGCAGCGUCUGAGAAGAUUCGCAAACAUCGCGCUGCAUAUGCCAUGACUACUCCUCCUCGAGCGUUCAUCCCUCUUGCCAUCUCGACGGACGGUACCCUGCAUCCUGUCAUUGCUCAGCGCUCAAUGCCUCUUGAGGAUGCGGCGUUUGGUCGGCACUUCGUGCCUGAUGACGGACCUGCUGCUGAGGUCUUGGCUCGCAAACGCGCCGCCACCUAUCAGCGCCUCACCAUGCAGCUGACGCUGGAGGCGCUCUUGUCUGGUGCGAGGCGCAUGACGCCGUUGCGGGCGCAAGCACUUCUCGAGCCACAGGACAGCUCCUCCUCGGACUUUGUCGAGUCGCCCGAGGAGUCUUCGCCGGAGGUCUCGACUCCGAUGGGGGACACCCUUUCGAGUGGCCCCGACGAUCGGCGCGGAGCUGGCGAGGCGUCUCCGUCCCUCACUGUGACGUCGGGUGCCUCCGGAGAGCUCGACACCACUGGGGUGCUUGCUGCUGGUCCGAGCUCGCCUGCUUCCUCCCCGGCAUCGGUCGGGUCACGCCGGUCCUUGGGCAUUGCCGCGGCGUCGCCGCCGUCACGGGCGGCUACCGCUGACUCGGCUACCGCUGACUCGGAGGCUAGCGAGGAGGACUACCUCGAGCGGCUGCUUGAGUCUGCGCGGCUUCGCGCUUGGGCUGGCGCUGCCGCGUCUGGCUUCUCGCUGUGGACUGUGUGCCUGGAGGUUUAG